CGCUAUGAAUCUAAGAGAAAGUCUCUCAAAUUAAUUACAACCGUUCAAAAAGUUGUAAUCAGAUUUACUUUUCUUGUGUCAUCAUCUGUGCCUCUUUCAAUAUGCCUCUCUUUAUAUACCAGAGGUAGAGCCUCACCUCAGAACACAAGCCAAUUUAGAUAUAGGGAGUCCCACAGACAGAGGUUGAGUGUUGUGAAUUGUUAGGGUGUCUAAAAAUGGCUGAUACUCCUGAGAGAGAGAAUGAGAGAACUGGCUCAUCUUCAAGGCCUCUUCAUAACUUUACUCUUCCAUCUCUGAAUUGGGGCAAUCAGAGACAGUUGCGUUGUGUCAGAACCCAGUCUUCCACCCCCCGCAAUGUCCCCACUCUCUCUGCUAAUGUUCUUAGCCAGCAAUCUAGAUCACCCAUCACUGUUUCUCGUCGAUCCCCAGCUAGGCCUGUGACCACUAACCCAAUUAGUCCCCCCAGAGCUGAUAAAGGGAAAUCUGCAAUCACCUCCACCACCUCUGACGGGUGCAUGGACGAAGUUAAAACUGUUAGUGGAAAGCUAUAUAAGGAUCUCGUUGUUUGCAUUGACGGUCAGAAAAUCCAUUUUGUUGAUGAGAAAAGGAAGGACAAAGUGGAGGAGCCAAAACCUGCAGAAGUUCGUUGGAAUCUGCGCAAUCGUGGGGGGAUGGGUAAGACUACAAAUGAGAGUGGUAAAACUGUUUGGCCUAUGUGGAUGAAUGACAGAGGGUAUAAGAGCUUGUUGGCAUCUGAUAAGGGGGAGACCAAUGGUGGCAGGGAGCCACGAAGGAACAAAUUCUCGGUCCAACUUUCCAAAGCUGACAUUGAAGAAGAUUUUCUUGUGAUGACCGGGGCAAAGCCACCGCGGAAGCCCAAGAAAAGAUCAAAGCCUAUUCAAAAGCAAAUUGAUGCACUGUUUCCUGGUGCCUGGCUCUCUGAGGUCUCUGCAGAAAGGUACAAGGUUCGCGAAAUGCCUGAACCAAAGGAGAAAUAAGAAAGCUGUGGAGGGAUGGGAUGGUGUUCUAUUCGACUGUGUGCCGAUGGAGCAGCCCCGUUAAACAUUUGCCAUUUUAAUUUGUUUUGUCGUCUUGCUUUCUGGAAAAUAAAAUCGUGAGAAUCUAGUUGAUUGUAAUUGGAAGCUUAGUGAAAUGUAUGUUUUUGUGUUAAAGUCAGUCAAGUUUAGAGUCUGCUUUCGGUCUUUCCAUUUCCCUUGAGUCGAAUCCAGUUUUUGGUUUGGUCAGUGUAAGUCUAGAGUCCGUCUGUCCUUUGUACCUUUCCUUUUGUUUCUGAACAAUUAAAAAUGAAGGGGAAAAUGUCAUGAGAACGAUCCUUGGUUGUAAUGGUACUAAUGAAAACCCUUUUUUC